AUGUCCCAACUCCAGGAGAACAUCGAUGGCCUCAUUGCUGCUUUCUACCUGAGCUGCCAAAGCGACGGUGGCUGCAGCCCCCUGAGCAGGGAGGAGCUGAGGCAGCUCAUGGAACGUGAGUUUGUGGAUGCCAUGGAGAACCCCCAGGACCCCCAAACCAUCCAGAAGGUUCUGUGCUUCCUGGGUGAUGACAGCACCUCCAGGGUUGACUUCAGUGAGCUGCUCAGUUUGGUUUUCUGCGUGGCCAAGGCUUGUUACAAACCUCUCCAACAGCACCAGGGCCCAGGUGAGGGUCAAGUGCUGACAGCAGGUGAGGAGCAGCUGCCAAGGUCACAGGCAGUGGGGAGGGUCUCCCACAACCAGCAGGUCCCUGAGCAUGGUGAGAACAACCAGGACCAGGACACUGAGACACAGGACUCGGAUAACCAUCAGAUCCAGGAGGGUGAGACACCAGAUCAGGACCAGGAGACCCAUCAAACCCAGGAGGGUGAGACACCAGAGCAGGAGACCCAUCAGGAUGAUGGGACUGAAGCAGUAGAAGAGGAUCCAGAGGAAGGUGAGAUUCUGGAUGCUGCAACCUCAGAGCAAGAUAGAAAUACCUCUAAGGCUGAAGAGACUGAAGAGACGACAAAACAGGACCCAAAACCCCACCAGGCCCAAGACUCUGAGGCACCAGGACAGGGUUCAAAUCACUAUCAGAGCCCAGAGCAAGAGUCAGAAGAGCAGGACCUGAAUUCUCCCUCUGAGACACAAGGAAAAGAGCCCAAAAACACCCAAGUCUACGAGGCCCCUUGGAAGGACCUCAGUCCUGACCAGACCCAGCAGCUGCUGCCCUCCCAGUGGGGUGCAAGUCCCCAUCAGGAUCCUGAACCCCAGAGAACACACCAUGACCCAGUUUGCCAUCCACUCCCUGACUCCAAGGUGCUGGAGAUGGAGCACAACAAGGCACAACAAGACACUCGUCCCCAGCGUCAACCUGCUGUGGAGCAGCAGCUCCUGCAGCCUCAGUACCAGUGGCCACCACAGCAGUGA